UGCCUCUGCUCUCAGGUGACCGAUUCAAGUCCUGUCCUCCGGACUUCCGUUUGCGUUUGAUACGCUACACCUACACGGUCUAUGGCUACACCAACGGACAAAGAAAGAAGAUUUUAUUUGCUUCGCCAAACGAUCUCACGAAAAAAUGACUCCAGUCCACAAGCAAGAAAGCGUUCCAGGAUGGAGCGUGUGUGUGGAAGCCCUGUCUGUAAGUUAACAUUUAUACAUGCAUUUAAGAAACCAGAGUCAUAUUCCUACCGUGGAACUACUGACCCUCAGCCUGCUGCUUAUCAUGUGACUGUUCUGAUGUGUUUGUCUCUUCCUGCCUUUUUUCAGGUCAGUAGACAUCACUGCCACCACCACCUGCAUGAGUCAACACCACACAGGAAACCAGCCGGUCGCCCAGAGCUGGAUGGGUGUAUUCUAAUGCAAGCUCGGCCUGCCACGUCAUCUCGGGACCCAGUUGAAGCAACUUUUCCUGACAAGCCCGGAGGUUCGACCGGAGGUACUGCCAUGCGUCGCAUGCUACGGCGAGUCGCAACCAAUGACGUUCUAAAACUGUAUAUCCUGCAGGGCAGAAAGGGAAAGAAGGCCUUCCAGGACCUGACUAUCUGCAGGGUUAUAACAGCGGUCUCCCAGAAAAACUUCCCCGCGCUGACUGCAGCAGACGCGGAGGACUUGAUUGGAAGUUUGCCCCACACAGACGGUCAGCUGAGAAGGACUGAGCCUUCAAAACCAUGGAAUAAUUGA